CACACACACACACACACCUCCUUUGACAAGGACACACACCUUGCCUGAUUUUGGCCAUCGCUUUCUGAAACUGGGACCCAAGCAGGAACUAUAGCCAUGGCAACCUCUGGCAGCGUGCUGUCCGCAGACCAGUUCCAGUGCCCGAUCUGUCUGGACGUGCUGUCGGAGCCGGUCAGCACGCCGUGCGGUCACAACUUCUGCAGUGGCUGCAUCAAGCGCUCCUGGGACAGCGCGGUGGUGUGCCAGUGUCCACUCUGCAAAGAGACCUUCUUCCGCCGCCCGGCGCUCCGCGUCAACACGACGCUACGCGAGGUGGCCGAGCUCGUCCGCACGCAGAGGGACAGCGGACACGACCUCACGCCUGCACAGCCAGGAGACGUGCCCUGCGACAUCUGCAGCGGAGAGGGGGGCAGCCGUCUCCGCGCCCUCAAGUCCUGCCUGGACUGCGGCACGUCGUUCUGCGCGCUGCACCUGGAGCUCCACCAGAGGGCGCCGGCGCUGCAGAGGCACAUGCUCAGUGAGCCGCUGGCCGACCUGGAGGGGCGCGUGUGCCAGAAGCACCGGCGCCCGCUGGAGCUGUUCUGCAGGGACGACCACAUGUGUGUGUGCCAGUUCUGCACCGAGGGAGAACACAAGAACCACAGCACAGUUCCCCUGGAGGAGGAGGGCAAGGACAGGAAGAGCCUGCUGAACCAGACACAGGUGGAUCUGAAGAGCAUGAUCCAGGAGAGACAGGAGAAGAUCUCAGAGAUCAAACAAUCCGUGGAGCUUAGCCGAGUGUCGGCGGAGGCGGAGGCGGCCUCCAUCUCGGAGCUGUUCUCUGUGCUGGUGCUGGUGCUGGAGCGUAGCCGUGGUAACCUGCAGGGGGCGCUGGAGGCUCGGCAGCACGUGGUGGAGACGCAGGCCAACGCCCUGACCGCUCAGCUGGAGCAGGAGAUACACACCCUGCAGAGCCGACACACACAACUGGAGGAGCUCACACACACACACGACCAUCUCCACCUGCUGCAGGUGUAUGCGUCCAUGUGUGUGUUGCCUCCCUGCAGGUCUUGGUCUCUGGUGUAUGCGUCCAUGUGUGUGUUGCCUCCCUGCAGGUCUUGGUCUCUGGUGAGUGUGUGGUCCUAUCAGGACGUCAAUUCGCUGCGCCCACUUGUGUCCAGGCUGGAGGGACUUAUCACUCGGGAGAUGGAUGACCUGCACGAGACUCAGCUGAAGAGGGUGCAGCAGUUUACAGAGCUCAGCAAAGUCCAGCAGUAUGCAGUGGACGUGACGCUGGACGCGGACUCGGCGAACGCGUUCCUGCAGCUGUCAGAAGACCGGAGGCAGGUGUGCUGUGGGCAGCGUCGUCAGAAGCUGCAGGACGUGGGGGCAGGGCGUUUCGACCGGGCGGCUUGCGUGCUGGGCAGCGAAGCCUUCGCCCAACGCUUCUACUUCCAGGUCGCUGUCGGCAGCAAGAGCAGCUGGGACGUGGGCGUGGCUAGCGAAGCGGUGACCCGGAAGGGAAAGGUCAAGGCCACGCCAGAGACAGGCUACUGGACGGUGGCUCUGAGACGAGGGGCGGGGCUUGUGGCCAAGGAAACCAAUCCCGUCCCCCUCGCCGCCGGGGCGGGGCUUCAGAUGGUGGGCGUGUUCGUGGACUACCCAAGGGGCGUGGUCAGCUUCUAUGAUGUCACGAGCAUGUCCCACCUCUACUCAUUCACUGGCCAGCGCUUCACGGGCAGGCUCCGCCCCCUCCUUAGCCCAGGCCAGAGGGAGAAGGGCAGAAACUCCGCCCCCUUAGUCAUCUCUGUUGAUCGGCCAAUCACAUGA